UGAUGACCCAGUGAGAUUAGAUCUUCAGCUGCCGUCAGGUUUUCCCCGCACGCGGAGACUCGUUCCUCUUCCGCCAUUGAUAGUUUUUUCUCGGUUUCCCCCUGCAACCCCCAAAUUCAUCGGCAUCCCAAGCUCCGACUAUCGUGUCGACAUCAUUCGCGACACCACGAUAAGGUCGCGCGCAAACGGGACUUGAAACGCAGACGGCACACCUAGGUACUUCUAGCUCUCGAGACGACCACGGUGUUCAAUCAGCACCUGCGUCAUUGGUCAGGACAGCCAAACACAGCAACACGCAUAACUCCACCGAACGUCCGGUACAGCAGACCACAAUGCUCUCCCUCCCCCUCAUAACGCCCCGCGAUUCCCACGAACUCUGGUUCGGCUCGUCCCAACCCUACCGCCCCUCUUCCUCCGCCCCCUCGUCUUCCAACCACCCCCAUCAUCACCAUCAUCCUCCGGGAGAACUUCACGGGCCCAACCGCCGCAAUGGCAGCAACCACCCCACUACCGGACGUGGCCACUCCACCGCUUCCGGCAACAUGCUCUCAUCCCUCCUUCUCGAGGAACGCGCCCUCCGCGCCCGCAAAAAUAAUAUCGCCUCGUUCGGUUACUCGUGGAUCAAACCUGCCGGGUGCCCGAAGACGAUGCUGGGGAUGAAGGAGGAGGAGGCGGAGCGAGAGGAGGCGCUGGCGGCCGCGGCUGCGGAGAUGGCGGCCGCGGCUGCGGCUGCUGAGGCGGGGAUGGAUGACUUUGGGGGCCAGACGCAGGAUACAAUAGACGGCGAGGGAAUUCAGGAUGAUACGGGUGUGGAGAGGGACCUGGAUGAUGAUAUCCCUGACGCUGAUGCGGACGGUCUAGUCGAGGAAGGUGAAGAAGGGCUGGAGGAGGAAGGCGUCGAGGACGAGGACGAGGAAGGUUACAUGGAACGGGACUUGGAUGACGAUAUACCCGAGGCCUUUUCAGGCUAUGAUGACGACGAGGAAGACUUGGAUGAGGAGAACGAGGACUUUGAUCAUCAGCCAGAUCUGGACGCUGACAUACCUAGUGCGGCGGAGGAGGGCUACGGUGACGAUGAUGAGGAUAUGAGCGAGGACGGGGCUAUGGACCGCAAUCUGGACGAUGACACCCCCGAGGCCGAUGACGACCACUAUGCACAGAGAGAAGAGGAGGAAUGGCAACACACGGAUACCGACGCCGAGUUCGACGACGAGGAUGAUGUCAGUUUCGCGCAGGAUCCUUUCACCCAGAGUCUUCGCGCGAGUACGACGAGUUCCCGUGGUGGCUUGCCUCCGGCACCGAUGCGGCGGGAGCGUGAAACAGAGGCUCAACGACGGUUUUUACAGCGCUGGAGUGGUGGUGGAGAUGCGUUCGAUACCAGCAGCAUGCUUGUAGAUGAAGAAGACCUGCGAGCAUCGAUAGCCAGCCAAGCCAGCCGAAGGAGUGUGUUCAGUCGAUUCCCUCGUCGUCGAAUGGGCGGCCCUAGAGACAGCCUCGAAUAAUUUCCUGGUUGGUCCCUGGUACUUGGAGGUAUCAAUGCAUUAAUGAAUGUUUUAUUGUCUCUGACUGAUUUCACUCAUCGUAGCGGAUGAUUUGGCGCAAACUGCUUUUGGAUAAUGUCGAGCAUGCAUCAAGCUGUAUUCUUGGUAGCAUUUUGAAUGGGAUCACUGAUG